AUGAGCAGUACGAGAAUCUUGAUCAAAAUUGUCCCGGUGAAGUAUUCAGGACCAAAACCAAAAGAGAAAUCACAGACGCAUCUUACGGAUACAAGAUGUCAAUCUGGGCCAAAAAAGAACAACCAAGCAUUAUUGAGCCAUAAAUUUAAAAGGCUCAGAACGGGACCCUCCAUCCAGGAGGAAUCCACAAGAGCAAGGAACAAAUCCCUUCCAGGGAACAAGCCAAACAAUAAAUCAGAACCAAGGAAGAAUCCAAGCCGAAGUCAUACCCCAAAAGAAACAAAGAGCAUUCAGGGACAGGAGAGAGCAGGAAAAGAGGCAGGCAAAAGGAACUCCAACAAGGAGAGGCAAUUAAUGAAACUUCCAGAACAAAGCAGAAACAUAGUCAAGUUAGGAGGAGUAAUAGUGCCAAGGGACAGACUCGGUGAAAGAAGCAGCCAAGGCGGAACCAGGAGCCAAGAAGUCAGGAACAGGAAAUCAAACAAGAAGCCACCAGGAUCCUCCCCCAAGCCGUAA